UCAUAUUGCUCGCGCGCUCUAUCUAGUGCCCGUUAGACUUUUGAAACCGGAUUUGACCCCAUCCUCGUGCGUUGACGGUAAUAUCGAGAGAGGAAAUAGGAUGCUGCGGAGCGCGCAUCCCCCGUCACCGCGCCCAUCAGAAAGGAGGAGAGGGCUGUGGAUGGAGGGAAUCUGGUCCCUUCUCAUAUAACUACUCUUUGUUACCAAAAGAGACCGCUCCAGGGUUGAUAGAAGAAAAGACUGGUUCGAGCUUUCUCUCCCGUUUUUCGAAAGAAAAUUAGAAGACUACUUUAUAUUUUGGACAGACAUGGGCUGGGUUGUAGAUGGGUUGGGUUUAGGGUAGAUAUGGGCUGGGUUGUAGGUGUGUUGUGUUUGGUAAUUCGUUGCUGAGUUAGCUGGCUUGCUGUUCUUAUUUCUAAGACGCUAUGGCUAAGCAGUAUGAUGUGCUCUUCCGACUCCUGCUUCUCGGUGAUUCGGGGGUUGGGAAAACAUGUUUAUUAUGCAGAUUCACGGACAACGAAUUUCACCCGUCUCACAUCUCCACAAUCGGAGUCGAUUUUAAAAUGAAGACACUGGAGAUAGAUGGCAUCAAAGUUAGGAUACAGAUAUGGGACACAGCAGGACAGGAGAGAUAUCAGACCAUCACUAAGCAGUACUACAGACGAGCACAGGGAAUCUUCCUGGUUUACGACAUCACAAGUGAGCGAUCCUUCCAGCACAUCAUGAAGUGGGCCAGCGAUGUGGACGAGUAUGCUCCUGAUAACAUCCAGAGGAUCCUCAUAGGGAACAAGUCAGACGAGGAGGAGAAGAGGCAGGUAGCUACAGAACAGGGCAACAAGCUGGCCAAGGAUUAUGGGAUGGACUUCUUUGAGACAAGUGCCUUCACCAACCAUAACAUAACAGAGUCCUUCACGCGAUUGGCUGAGCAGGUCCUGUCGGCCAAUAAGAAGGACCUGGACCUCCUGAGGGCGUCGGUCACAGACGAGCUCAACCUCACCGCCCUGGAGGAGGAGGAGGGCAUCACAGACGGGGCCGCCGCCUCACAGAAGAGCUGCUGGUGUUAAGGGCCUGGUCAAAAGUAGGGAACUAAAUAGGGAAUAAGGUGAGAAAAGUAGGGAACUAUAUAGGGAAUAGGGUGAGAAAAGUAGGGAACUAUAUAGGGGAUAGGGUGAGAAAAGUAGGGAACUAUAUAGGGAAUAGGGUGAGAAAAGUAGGGAACUAUAUAGGGAAUAGGAUGAGAAAAGUAGGGAACUAUAUAGGGAAUAGGGUGAGAAAAGUAAGGAACUAAUAUAAGGAAUAGGGUGAGAGAAGUAGGGAACUAUAUAGGGAAUAGGGUGAGAGAAGUAGGGAACUAUAUAGGGAAUAGGGUGAGAGAAGUAGGGAACUAUAUAGGGAAUAAGGUGAGAGAAGUAGGGAACUAUAUAGAGAAUAGGGUGAGAGAAGUAGGGAACUAAUAUAGGGAAUAGGGUGAGAGAAGUAGGGAACUAUAUAGGGAAUAGGGUGAGAGAAGUAGGGAACUAUAUAGGGAAUAGGGUGAGAGAAGUAGGGAACUAUAUAGGGAAUAGGGUGAGAGAAGUAGGGAACUAUAUAGGGAAUAGGGUGAGAGAAGUAGGGAACUAAUAUAGGGAAUAGGGUGAGAGAAGUAGGGAACUAUAUAGGGAAUAGGGUGAGAGAAGUAGGGAACUAUAUAGGGAAUAGGGUGAGAGAAGUAGGGAACUAUAUAGGGAAUAGGGUGAGAGAAGUAGGGAACUAUAUAGGGAAUAGGGUGAGAGAAGUAGGGAACUAAUAUAGGGAAUAGGGUGAGAGAAGUAGGGAACUAUAUAGGGAAUAGGGUGAGAGAAGUAGGGAACUAAUAUAGGGAAUAGGGUGCCACUUCUCCUUAUGUAAGGACUGGGUCUGGCUGCGUUUAAAAUCACACCCUAUUCCUUAUGCGAGCUCUGCUUGAAGGUAGUGCACUUUGUAGGGAAUAGAGUGACAAAAGUGAUGCCCUAUGUAGGGAAUAGAGUGACAAAAGUGAUGACCUAGGUAGGGAAUAGAGUGACAAAAGUGAUGCCCUAUGUAGGGAAUAUGGUGGGAGGGGGAGGGGGGGGGGUGACACUUCUCGUAGCUGAUUGCCUUUCUACCAUUGUAGGUGGUGUACUGGUGUUUGAUAGGUUUUUACCAGUGAUGUUUGUAAAACCCUGGAUUGCUAAUGCUAUGUAUUGGCCAAUGAGAUGCUUUGAAGUCACCGGUCGGCCAUAUUGGCUCUCCUCAGAAAAGCAGUCCUCUAGGAAUGAAUGGAAUUCUACAGUAUUUCAUUGAAAUGUUUCAAGGACAAAAUUACAUGUAUUUAAGUAUUUUUUUGUUAUAGUGGGAACAGUAAUAUCAGUACUUAAUUUAAUUUUUAGUUUUUUUAUUCUCUAUAUUUUUUGGUAUGUUUAGCUCACACAAUAUAAUUUAAAAGUAUGCUUUAAGUUGUCUGUAAUAGAAUAAAUGUGGCAAAAACAAAUAUAGACAUUUAUAAAUACAUUUCUAUAUCUUCCUAGGUAUUUUUUUUUACACUGGUGGGGGAGUACCAAGAUGGAGGCGCGGUGGCUUCAAAACAGUGCCCCUUUAUCAGUCAUCUAGAAAGCAUAGUGGUUUUUCAUGGUAUUUUUCAUUGUAGUUCAUAGAUUUCGGCACCAGACGGUGCUACUGAUACAUGCUGCGUUGCUAUAUGAAGCCGAUACACUGCAGAGCUGUUGAUGAAGGGGGUCACGACACAUUACACACACUGUUCUACUGUAGUGAGUCUCAAAUCACACUGCUCGGCUCUGCUCAGACCUACUGCACUAUAGGGGAUAGGGUGUCGUUUGUAGUGCAGACAAUGUUCCGUUUAGUUUUAGCUUUACAAAUUGUGUUUCUCAAUACAACUUUCCAUGAUCAUGUCCGUUAGUUUAAUGUUAGUUUAAAGCUAUGAGCAUUAACAAGGCCUGGAAAAAGGUGUUGACUUUUAAUUUCGAUGCUCUAGAAAUAUUCCAUCUGUGAUUCUAUCUAUGAUGACAUAUUUAGUUUGCUUCAGGUUUACGCCAUAUUAUCCACUAGAUAGCUGCUGUUUCCGGAGUAGCCCAUCGAAUGGAAACUUAGAAACGUAUCAUCCAGACUAGCAAAGGACCAGCAAGAGAUGUGUCAUGUGUCCGACGUCCGUCCUCAUCUUCUUCUGUCUUGCAACUUCAAUGAAGUUAAUUAUUUAACUGUUCAUGAUACCCCUAUAUCCCUCGUUUAGCCUUUUGACCCGAUUGGCUAUAGGAACUGAUCUUAGGACUGACCUCUACUGUCUGCAGCUACUGACUCAAUGUUACUACCGCUACUGUCAAGAACUACUGUUUGUGUGCAAGUGAUAAUAAGGUAUGUCGUUUUGAAUGAAAUACAGGACUAUGAUCUCUAAGGGUGAAAUACAGGACUAUGAUCUUAAAGGGUGAAAUACAGGACUAUGAUCUCUAGAUACAGGACUAUGAUCUCUAGAUACAGGACUAUGAUCUCUAGAUACAGGUGGAAUACAGGACUAUGACCUCUAAGGGUAAAAUACAGGACUAUGAUCUCUAGAUACAGGACUAUGAUCUCUGAUACAGGACUAUGAUCUCUGAUACAGUUGAAAUACAGGACUAUGAUCUCUGAUACAGCUGAAAUACAGGACUAUGAUCUCUGAUACAGGUGAAAUACAGGACAAUGAUCUCUAGAUACAGGACUAUGAUCUCUGAUACAGGACUAUGAUCUCUAGAUACAGGUGGAAUACAGGACUAUGAUCUCUAGAUACAGGUGGAAUACAGGACUAUGAUCUCUAGAUACAGGUGAAAUACAGGACUAUGAUCUCUGAUACAGUUGAAAUACAGGACUAUGAUCUCUGAUACAGCUGAAAUACAGGACUAUGAUCUCUGAUACAGGUGAAAUACAGGACAAUGAUCUCUGAUACAGGACAAUGAUCUCUAGAUACAGGACUAUGAUCUCUGAUACAGGACUAUGAUCUCUAAGGGUGAAAUACAGGACUAUGAUCUCUGAUACAGGACUAUGAUCUCUAAGGGUGAAAUACAGGACUAUGAUCUCUGAUACAGGACUAUGAUCUCUAAGGGUGAAAUACAGGACUAUGAUCUCUAGAUACAGCUGAAAUACAGGACUAUGAUCUCUAGAUACAAGUGAAAUACAGGACUAUGAUCUCUAAGGGUGAAAUACAGGACUAUGAUCUCUAGAUACAGGUGAAUUACAGGACUAUGAUCUCUGAUACAGGUGAAAUACAGGACUAUGAUCUCUAAUGGUGAAAUACAGGACUAUGAUCUCUAAUGGUGAAAUAUAGGACUAUGAUCUCUGAUACAGCUGAAAUACAGGACUAUGAUCUCUAAGGCUGAAAUACAGGACUAUGAUCUCUAAGGGUGAAAUACAGGACUAUGAUCUCUAAGGCUGAAAUACAGGACUAUGAUCUCUAAGGCUGAAAUACAGGACUAUGAUCUCUAAGGGUGAAAUACAGGACUAUGAUCUCUAAGGCUGAAAUACAGGACUAUGAUCUCUAAGGGUGAAAUACAGGACUAUGAUCUCUAAGGGUGAAAUACAGGACUAUGAUCUCUGAUACAGCUGAAAUACAGGACUAUGAUCUCUAAGGCUGAAAUACAGGACUAGGAUCUCUAAGGCUGAAAUACAGGACUAUGAUCUCUAAGGCUGAAAUACAGGACUAUGAUCUCUAAGGGUGAAAUACAGGACUAUGAUCUCUAAGGGUGAAAUACAGGACUAUGAUCUCUAAGGGUGAAAUACAGGAAUAUGAUCUCUAAGGGUGAAAUACAGGACUAUGAUCUCUAAGGGUGAAAUACAGGACUAUGAUCUCUAAGGGUGAAAUACAGGACUAUGAUCUCUAAGGGUGAAAUACAGGACUAUGAUCUCUAAGGGUGAAAUACAGGACUAUGAUAUGAUCUCUAAGGGUGAAAUACAGGACUAUGAUCUCUAAGGGUGAAAUACAGGACUAUGAUCUCUAAGGGUGAAAUACAGGACUAUGAUCUCUAAGGGUGAAAUACAGGAAUAUGAUCUCUAAGGGUGAAAUACAGGACUAUGAUCUCUAAGGGUGAAAUACAGGACUAUGAUCUCUAAGGGUGAAAUACAGGACUAUGAUCUCUAAGGGUGAAAUACAGGACUAUGAUCUCUAAGGCUGAAAUACAGGACUAUGAUCUCUAAGGCUGAAAUACAGGGUGAAAUACAGGACUAUGAUCUCUAAGGGUGAAAUACAGGGUGAAAUACAGGACUAUGAUCUCUAAGGCUGAAAUACAGGGUGAAAUACAGGACUAUGAUCUCUAAGGGUGAAAUACAGGACUAUGAUCUCUAAGGCUGAAAUACAGGACUAUGAUCUCUAAGGGUGAAAUAUAGGACUAUGAUCUCUAAGGGUGAAAUACAGGACUAUGAUCUCUAAGGCAGAAAUACAGGACUAUGAUCUCUAAGGGUGAAAUACAGGACUAUGAUCUCUAAGGGUGAAAUACAGGACUAUGAUCUCUAAGGGUGAAAUACAGGACUAUGAUCUCUAAGGGUGAAAUACAGGACUAUGAUCUCUAAGGGUGAAAUACAGGACUAUGAUCUCUAAGGGUGAAAUACAGGACUAUGAUCUCUAAGGGUGAAAUACAGGACUAUGAUCUGUGAUGAUGAAAUGUAUAUCUGUGCUGUUUGAUCAUAACUACUUGAAUUACAUUUGGUGGAAAUACAUAAGGAGGAACGUUGUAAUACUUUCAGAUGUUUAUUGAAUAAAUACUGGCAGAUGUAUGACUCAU